UUCUCUCUACGUAAGCGUGGUUGUGCUUGCCUGCUGCCUGGGAAAAGAAGUAUAUAUAGUACAUAUAUAAAUUGUGUAUACCUAGCGACGCAAUUAAUCGCUGGCAUAAAGAAAUUUGUAUAAAAUUAAAAAAAUAUUAACAUAUAUAUAAAUAUACACUAUGCCCCGCUAUCGUGAAUGGGACUUGGCCUGCAAAGUCUACGUGGGCAAUCUUGGCUCCUCGGCCUCCAAAUAUGAGAUUGAAAACGCGUUCAGUAAAUAUGGACCCCUGCGUAAUGUGUGGGUAGCACGCAAUCCUCCUGGCUUCGCCUUCGUCGAAUUCGAAGAUCGUCGCGAUGCAGAGGAUGCGACACGAGGACUUGAUGGCACACGCUGCUGUGGCACACGCAUACGCGUCGAAAUGUCCUCAGGCCGUUCACGCGAAGGACGCGGCGGUGGAGGCGGCGGUGGCCGACGCGGCGGACGCAGUGGCAGUGGAGGUGGCGGCGGUGCAGCUGCUCGUGCUGGUGACGCUGGCGGACGUUAUAGGAUAAAGUCUACUUCUACUACAAGCACAACAAGAACAACAACAACAGCUACUACUACUACUACUACUACUAGAACUUCUACUACUCCUCCUCUUCCUUCAACAAGUACAACUACUACAACAACAAGAACAACUUCACGUCUCAUAACUACAACAACAACAAGAACAACAGCUCCUGCUCCUCCUCUUACACACAUUUCACCAACACCAACAACAACACGCCCAACCAAAUUGUGCAGCUUUAUGAUAAUUGUCGAUUUCAACAAAUACGAUAUAUUCCGCUGACUGCAAAAAAUAACAAGAAAAACAACAAAACCACCAACAACAAUAACUACAACAGCGACAGCAACACAUCACAACAAUAGCAACAAGAACACAUGCUCUUCUUCGCAAGCUCUCUACAAAAUCUUUGUACUUAACGUACGCAUCUAUUUGUCAGCUGAAGGGGCAGUCCAAUCACCAUCCACCAUCAGCAGCAACAGCUACAACCUGCAUCAGCAUCAACUGCGACACCACACAACACAACAUAAUUCACACAACUCUCUUUCUCUAUCCAUCUAUCUAUCUCUCUAUCUCUCUCUCUCUCACUCUCUUUCUCUAACUC